GACCGUUUGGGGUUUCACCCCUUAACCCAAGUAGCCAGGCCAACCCAACCCAACCGUUUGGGGUUUCACCCCUCGACCCAAGCAACUGGGCCAAUUAAACACAACCAGUAAGGGUUUCACCCCUCGACCCAAAUAGUAGGGCCAAUUCGACACAACCGUUCGAGGUUUCACCCCUUUGCCUAAGUAGAAGGCCACUCACACACCACACCCUAGGUUCGGCAUAUCAGACUGUUCCAGUGCCAAUGAAGACUCUACAGGUUCCAGAUGGUAUUGGAGAGGAAAACAAAGGUAAUGUAUACAUAGGAAAAUCAAGUCCUCCAAAGGUAUACAAUGCAUACAAGAAGCAAUUUAAGAUGGAUUUCUCCAGGUUUUUAAGGCUACGGUGUGAAGAAAUGAAGGCAGGAGGCUGUAUGUUUCUUAUCUUAGUUGGCAGAAGCAUUCCACAUCCCUCGACCUCUAAAUACUUUUUUCUCUUGUGGGAUCUCCUUGCAAUAUCUCUCAUGGAUUUGGUUGCCAAGGGACUUGUGAAAGAAGAUGCUCUGAACUCCUUCAACAUACCUUGUUACACUCCACUCAAAGAAGAAAUAAGAGAGAUAGUUGAGGAAGAAGGUUCAUUCAAUCUCCAUAAGUUAGAAACUUUUGAAGUGAACUGGGACCUCAGGGAAGCUGUAGAGAUAGGGGAAGAAAAUAUUGUGAUGAAUGAGAAUCAAGAUGGGAAAAUUGUUAGUGAUUUCGUAAGAGCCAUAAUAGAAUCCAUGCUUGUUCAUCAUUUUGGAGAAACCAUAAUUGACAGUUUAUUCAAAAUCUACUCAAAUCAUAUUGCUCAACAUCUUUGUUUUCACGACCCCCAGCAUGUCAACAUUCUUGUUUCAAUGACAAAAAAAGUAGAUAUUAUAGAGAAAUAUUAGUAUUUUAAUU